GAAGAGGAGAGAAGGGGGUCGGAGGAGGAGGAAGAGGAGAGAAGGGGAGAGGGGGAGGAGCUGGAGGAGCAGGGGGGAGGAGAAGAGGAUCAGAGAACGACUCAGUGUCACCCAGCGGCUCAGAGGACGCCAGGGAGGAGGUGAUGGACGUCCCAGUGUCCAAAGAGACGUCAGAGAGAGAAGACCCGGAGCGCCCCCCCGUCCUCUCGGUCUCUCAGGACUGGUUUCCAAUCCUGGACAAGGUCUUUGGUCAGAAGUGGUGCAGCGACGUCUGGCAGAUUAAAGAGCUCGCCGAGGGAGGGGGUGGAGGUGGGAGGGGUCUGAUUGAGGGAGGGGCAGUGCAGGUGGAGCCCCGCCCCUUCCCCUCGUUGACCCUGGAGCCCGCCCCCUCGUCCCCCCAGCAGGACCCCCGCUGGACCCCCUUGGAGGACAUGGAGGUGUUUUCUCCGGAUGACGACGCUGCAGACGGUCAGAGGAACCCGAGGGGAAGAAACACCGCCACCACCGGACCCUCACCCAGGCCCCCCCCCAGCCCCACUGGCGAGGGAGGGAACUUCACCCAAACACCUACCGCCCACUUCUCAGGCUCUUCUGGUCGUCGCUCUUCGGCCUCGAUGCUUCAUCGUCUUCUGACACUUCCGUCUCAGCUGCUGGAGGAGGACGAUGAGGGAGCUGGAACCAAGGAAUCGCGGGCUACUCUGGCAAACGACGGCGCCAACGACUGCCAAGAUGGCGUCGAACCGCCGGGCCGGACCUGCCCGUCGUCCCUGACAACCAGGGAAGAGGAGGAGGAGGAGGAAGAAGAGGAGUAUGAGGAGGAGGACAAAGGGAGAAAGAAGAAGAGGCGGAGGGUUUGGUCCGAGUGUGACGAGUGUGGGCGGAGAUUCAGUCGCAUGUCUCUGCUGAAGGCUCAUCGUCAGACUCACGUCGACGCGUCGUCUCCGCCCGACGGCGCCGCCUCAGCGUUACGCUGCUCAGAUUGCGGCAAGAGGUUCUCCUCGGCUACCCGCCUCCACAGCCACAUCCGGACCCAGCACCCCGGGAACCGGGCCUGAACCCGGUAGGUAUCCUGGGCUGAAAUGGAAACAGAAACAAGCUCAUGAGGGAGGGGACACGGAAGGGGAAGGAGGAGCCUCGGAUCCCAGAACCGAUCAGAACCAGAACUGAUAACAAAUGUUGAAGAGAGAAUGGAAUGUGUCCAGACGUGAAACAGGGAUAGACCGAUUUCACUUCAACGUCUCAUAAAUACAUCGAUCAAAAUGCAAUUGUUUCAUUGUCUUGAGAAAAUGAGUCUGAACCAAUAACUCCUCUUUCUUUUAAUCCAUGUUCCGACAUAAAUAUUGACAUUGAGAGAAAAAUACAGAUACCGAGACAUCGAUCGGACAGAGAAAUGUAACUGAGACUUUAAUUCACAUUUUAAACAUAAACUUUAUUAUAAAUAACCAUAAAUAAAAAGAAAAGACAAAUCUUUAUACAACUGGUAUUGACAUUAACGUGAUAUUAAAUGGAGAUGAUUAGUUUGUGAUGAAAAACUGAAUCAAAAAAUCUCAAACAAUAACAAUGAAUGUGAAGGUAAAAAAGAAAAAUGUAUGAAUUUAAUAAAUCGGUCUAUCCCUCAUCACUGAGGCCACAGACUGUAAAUCAAGAUGGUCGACAUGAAGUCAUAUCAUCACGAUCGGCCCCUGGUGGCUAACUGCUGUAUAGGUCAUAAGCCCCGCCCCCGUCCCUCGCCUCAGAUCCUGAAUCAGUGUCCGACGAGAUGACGACGAAGAAACACUUCGUUUUCAAACCAAGUUUUGAAGGAUUUUCAUGUUGGAGCUGAAACGUUUUGAAUGUUUCUGCUCCGAGAGGAAGAAACGUCGACGUCAUCGGAUCCAGAUGAAGGAACGUUCUGCUCCGGUCACAGAUCCACGACCUCGUCGGGCAGAGAAUGGCUCCGGCUGCUGCAGGUGAGUUUCACCAAGUGAUUUAGGUUAUUAUUUAGAAAUAAGCUCCUCCCCCUCAGCAGUCGGACGGACGCAGCGUUUGUUUCCUGCUUCCUCGUGAUUCUGUUCGGUGUCGGACCUCAGACUUUUUAGACCUACGUCUUUUGUAAGUGUGCUUUUCCCCCCUGAACAAAAUGGACUCCACAUUCUUCUUCCUUUAUUCAAUCGUUUUUGAUGAUGAUGAUAUCGUGCGUUUUUCUCAUAUUUUGCUUCUCUUUUUUUGACGUUUGAGGAUUUCACGUGUCGUCGUCUGUACAGGAAACAAACGGAGGACGACGAACUUCAACGUUUGUUUGGACUUGAAUGUGAAUCUCAGCUGUUCCUUUUAAUGUUUUAAUGUAGUUUUUACUUCUCAGACAAAACUGAUGAUGAAAAGGGAGAAAAGGGGGAAGGUCUUUAACUCUCAUGUCCUCGCUCCCUCCCAUCCCCCCUCCCCCCCCCCCCUCCCCCUCGACGUUGUUUCACUGACCUCAUGUCCACACACAGAUACCUCCUGACAAACUAACUGAAAAUUUCUCUGACUCCGACUCACUUCAGUUCAUAUGGAAGACCAUUUCUGCCAGGAAGAAAAAAGGUGAAAUGUUGGAAAAUCUACUAUGAUUAUUAUAAUAUAUUGAAUUACAUUUUUGCUUUGUAAAAGGGAUUAGGAUUUAAAAUCAACAAUUGAUCUAACAUUUUGGAUUUAUGAGUUAUUACCGUAUUUAUAUUUCAUAUCACCGGAGUUUAAGCCGCAGCAGCUAAAUUUAAUGAUUUGCACAUCAAUAAGCCGCACUGGACUAUAAGCCGCAGGUGUUUUAAUGUUUAAUUACCAUAUGUAGAGUUCGU